AUGGGAGGAGAUGAGGUCGCUAUGCUGUGUAGCACGACGACCGCACAGAUCCCAGCGUCAGAAUACGGCCUCCCAGGAACGAGAGUGGAAGAGAACUCUGACACACAACCCUCCAGCGAGGGUGGGGACAUCUCGCCGGUGGUCAUCCUACCAGAGAAUACUCGAGUCUCGCUGGUAGACGACAAGGGACAAUACUCCCAUGGGUUUUCAGACAAGGAAGGGACUCAGGUCAGCGAACAAGGAAGCCUCCUCUCGACUAACGAUGGCUGGGAGUACGUUAUAGUCAAGAAAGGCUUCUACUCAUACAAGAGUCCUGAGGGAAGAACUAUCAGGGUGAACUACAUUGCUGACGAAAAUGGUUUUCAUGUCCUGGAUGAUUCUCAGCUGUAG